AUGUCGCAUGCCUCAGCUCUUACAACCACAGUUCAGAAUUCGCGGCUACGUCUCCUCAACGCUCUUCGCGCUGAGUCGGGACCAAUAAUGACCUUUUUAGUUACCGCAAUCUCUUCUCAGGGUGUAUCUCCACUUGUUCGUGUUAGAAUGACCCACGUGGAUUUGAUUAAACGCUCUUUAGAUGCUGGUGCUCAUGGCAUUAUUGUCCCCAUGAUUAAUACGGCUGAAGAUGCUAGGAAUGUGGUUCAAUACGCCAAGUUUCCCCCUCAAGGUCAGAGAGGGCAGGGCUCAGCAUUUCCUGGGUUUGCGUUUGGGGUUGAUAUCCCAACGUAUAUGGCCAUAGCUAACGAGACACUUCUUACUUGUCUGCAAAUUGAGUCCAAGUUGGGUGUUGAGAAUGCUGAUGCUAUAUGCGCCGUGCCUGGUGUUGGUCCCAACGACCUUGCUCUUUCAAUUCUGGGCUACGUCCCUGUAAAGGGCGAUGAGCCUGAGUUUGUCAACGUAAUCGAGAAGAUUGUGGUAGCUGCUAGGAAGCAUGACAAAUGGGUUGGCCGCUUGUCGAAUGAUGGGACUUCGGCUAAGCAGCAUCUAGACAUGUUCGACACUGUAGCUCUUGGCUACGAUGUGCGGGCCAUACAGAAUUGGUAUUUCGCUGAGCUUCAAGUUGCACGGUCUUCACAGUACGACCGCAGUUUUAAAUAA